GACUUGAACGCCACUCCCAAUUGCAGAAAAUUGGCAACGUCUCUGAAGAGCCCUUGCUUUUGCCUGGACCCUCAGCACCAUGGUUUCCCAUUUCAUGGGGUCUCUCAGUGUCCUGGGUUCCCUCCUGCUGCUUGGAUUCCAGUUCGUCUGCCCACAGCCCUCCACUCAACACAGGAAGGUCCCGCAGCGGAUGGCGGCAGAGGGCGCCCCUGAGGAUGGCGGCGGCGGCGCCCCGGGAGUGUGGGGCGCCUGGGGCCCCUGGUCCGCCUGUUCGCGUAGCUGCAGCGGCGGAGUGAUGGAGCAGACGCGGCCCUGCCUGCCCCGCUCCUACCGCCUGCGCGGCGGCCAGCGGCCUGGCACCCCCACGCGCGCCUUCGCGGACCACGUGGUGUCGGCCGUGCGCACGUCGGUGCCACUACACCGGAGCGGCGACAAGACGCCAGCCCUGGCCGGCACGGACGCCAGCCGCCAGGGCCCCACCAUGCUGCGGGGCAGCCGGCACCCACAGCCCCAGGGCCGCGAAGUCACCGUGGACAGAAGGAGCAGGACCCGCGGUCCCAUCGGCCCUGGCAAGUAUGGGUAUGGUAAGGCCCCAUAUAUCUUACCACUGCAGACAGACACUGCACACACGCCACAGAGGCUCCGGAGACAGAAGCCGUCAUCCCGGCAUUCCAGGUCCCAGGAGGCAUCUUCUGCUAGGCAUGGCUACAGCUCACCAGCCCACCAGGUCCCCCAACAUGGGCCUUUGUACCAAAGUGACAGUGGCCCUCGCUCUGGACUGCAGGCUGCAGAGGCCUCCAUCUACCAGCUGCCUUUGACUCACGAUCAAGGCUUCCCUGCAGCUUCAAGUCUCUUUCACAGCCCGGAAACAAGCAACAACCACGGUGUGGGGAUUCAUGGGGCAACUCAGAGCUUCUCCCAGCCUGCCCGAUCUACAGCAAUCUCAUGCAUCGGGGCCUAUCGGCAAUACAAGCUGUGCAACACCAACGUAUGUCCAGAAAGCAGUAGAAGUAUCCGGGAGGUACAGUGUGCAUCCUACAACAACAAGCCAUUCAUGGGCCGGUUUUAUGAAUGGGAACCAUUUGCAGAAGUCAAAGGCAAUCGCAAAUGUGAGUUGAACUGCCAGGCAAUGGGCUACCGCUUCUAUGUACGGCAAGCUGAGAAGGUCAUCGAUGGCACCCCUUGUGACCAGAACGGCACGGCCAUCUGUGUGUCUGGGCAGUGCAAGAGCAUUGGCUGUGAUGACUACCUAGGCUCCGACAAAGUCGUGGACAAAUGUGGGGUGUGUGGAGGAGACAACACGGGCUGUCAGGUUGUGUCGGGCGUGUUUAAGCAUGCCCUCACCAGCCUGGGCUACCACCGCGUCGUGGAGAUUCCCCAGGGAGCCACAAAAAUCAACAUCACAGAGAUGUACAAGAGCAACAACUAUUUGGCCUUGCGAAGUCGUUCUGGACGCUCCAUCAUCAAUGGGAACUGGGCAAUUGAUCGACCAGGAAAAUACGAGGGCGGAGGGACCAUGUUCACCUACAAGCGUCCAAAUGAGAUUUCGAGCACUGCUGGAGAGUCCUUUUUGGCCGAAGGUCCCACCAAUGAGAUCUUGGAUGUCUACAUGAUACACCAGCAGCCAAAUCCAGGCGUGCACUACGAGUACGUGAUCAUGGGGACCAACGCCAUCAGCCCCCAGGUGCCACCCCACAGGAGACCAGGGGACCCCUUCAAUGGCCAGUUGGUGACAGAAGGCAGGAGCCAGGAGGAGGGAGAAGAGAAAGGGAGGAACGAGGAGAAGGAAGACUUGCGUGGGGAGGCCCCUGAGAUGUUCACCUCAGAAUCGGCACAGACCUUCCCAGUCAGGCAUCCGGACAGAUUUUCUCCCCGUCGACCAGACAACUUGGUGCCACCAGCACCGCAGCUCCCACGGCGCAGCCGGGAUCACAACUGGAAGCAGCUUGGGACAACAGAAUGCUCCACGACCUGUGGGAAAGGAUCGCAGUACCCUAUUUUCCGCUGUGUGCACAGAAGCACUCAUGAAGAGGCUCCUGAGAGCUACUGUGACUCCAGCAUGAAGCCGACCCCUGAGGAGGAGCCCUGCAACAUCUUCCCUUGCCCAGCCUUCUGGGACAUCGGGGAGUGGUCUGAGUGCAGCAAGACCUGUGGCCUGGGCAUGCAGCACCGCCAGGUUCUGUGCCGCCAGGUGUACGCCAACCGCAGCCUGACAGUGCAGCCCUACCGCUGCCAGCACCUGGAGAAGCCCGAGACCACCAGCACUUGCCAACUCAAGAUCUGCAGCGAGUGGCAGAUCCGGACUGACUGGACCUCGUGCUCAGUGCCCUGCGGCGUGGGACAGAGGACCCGUGAUGUGAAGUGUGUGAGCAACAUCGGGGAUGUGGUUGACGAUGAGGAAUGCAACAUGAAGCUCCGACCGAAUGACAUUGAGAACUGCGACAUGGGACCCUGUGCCAAGAGCUGGUUCCUCACCGAGUGGAGCGAAAGGUGCUCAGCGGAGUGUGGGGCCGGAGUGCGGACACGCUCGGUGGUGUGCAUGACCAACCAUGUCAGCAGCCUGCCCUUGGAGGGCUGUGGGAACAACCGGCCGGCAGAGGCCACCCCAUGUGACAACGGACCCUGCACAGGCAAGGUGGAGUGGUUUGCCGGGAGCUGGAGUCAGUGUUCCAUCGAGUGUGGGAGUGGGACACAACAGAGGGAGGUGAUUUGUGUUAGAAAGAAUGCAGACACUUUUGAAGUGUUGGACCCCUCUGAAUGUUCUUUCCUGGAAAAACCCCCCAGCCAGCAAUCCUGCCACCUCAAGCCUUGCGGAGCCAAAUGGUUUAGCACCGAAUGGAGCAUGUGUUCCAAGAGCUGCCAGGGUGGCUUUCGGGUCCGGGAAGUGCGGUGUCUGUCAGAUGACAUGACUCUAAGUAACCUCUGUGACCCUCAGUUGAAACCAGAGGAGAGAGAAUCUUGUAACCCACAGGACUGUGUCCCUGAAGUUGACGAAAACUGCAAGGACAAGUACUACAACUGCAACGUGGUGGUCCAGGCAAGACUCUGUGUUUACAACUACUACAAGACCGCCUGCUGUGCCUCCUGCACCCGUGUGGCCAACAGGCAGACGGGCUUCCUGGGAAGCAGAUAACACCCCUGCACCCCCAUCAGCAGGGCAGCAUCACUGCCUUCCCCGGGGGCUUCAGCAGUGCACCUGGCUGGCUCCUGCUCCACCACGGGCUGCCUGGCCCAGGCACUGCCAACCAACUUAGUCACCACCCCUGCCUCCGGUGAAUGCACCCCGUGGUACCCAGGGGCUUUGUACACAGAAUGUUUGAAAGCCACAGUUGGUCCUCUAAGCAUCACCAUGUACUAAUAUUCCCCUCCUUGGACCUGGCACCUGUUAAUGGUGCCCUUGGAAAGCCAAGCAGUGGGAAGUACAUGGAGCUCUCAGCCCUGCUCCCAUCUGGCACCUUCAAGUCAGCAGAUGGGCCACUGACUGAGCGCUGCCCCGUCCCUGGUGCUACUGGCCUUUCUAAACGUAGCGCCCUGGAGAGUCCAAGGUGGCAGUGCCCCCAACCCAGCGCCCCACUAAGCCUUGCUGCCACGCGUGCAUCCCUCUGUGACCUCAGCCCAGCUGUGCCUGUUUUCAUUCCCAAAGACAUUAGACUGUUUUCCUGCCGUAUGACAAAAAUAUCUCACAUGAAUAUUGUGCUUUAUUUAACAGGUGUAUUCACAGAUACUAGCUCCUUAGCAGCUCACAGCAUCCCAGAAUGAGAGGCAGGGGGUGACUCAUUAUCCCCAUUUUACUAACAGGGAAACUGAGGCUCAGCUUAGGUAACUGACCUGCCAGGUAUAUUCACCCAUCCAGUGGAAGAGCUGAGUCCCUGCCCCAGUCAUCUACCAAGAACCAGCCUGGGGGCCUGUCCUUAGAUGUGAAGGAUGCGGCUUCAUUUCUGACCAAGAGGCUGAGAAGUUUCCCAGAAUGCACACAAAGCCCAGGCCCCUGAAAUCUUUCUGGCCAAGCCUUUAUCCCAGCACUCAGUUGUUUCGGAUGUCUGUUCCUACUUGCCCGUCCCCCCAAAGUUACAGAUCCUAGUUACAGGACUCUUCAGGCUUUGUUAAACUGUCCAUGAAACAAGAAAGCCAUUGGGGGAGGCAGGUGAUUGCCUGAAAUUCUGACUCCAUGCCAAGUGCUGUUCCUCCCAAGGAAUCGAAGGCCAGGGUCCUUCUGGCCGUGGAGCCUUCCCCACCGCAGAGCCAACUUCUGAAGCACACAGCUCUGUGGCCUGGGCUCUGCCCUGCCCCGGCUGCCUCCCCCACGCUCUUCACCGUGCCCCCGGAGAGUCCGGCCAACCUGUCCCAGCCAAAACACUGCCAUAUUAGAAAAAGUCUCCUUCUGGUCUUGUUUAUGAAUUUCUCUCUGUGGCCACAAAUUCCUCCCCUCCCCCAUGACUCACAGUCCAUACCCCCAACCCCCAGACUUGAGCACAAGAUCUGCAUUAAUGCGGCCGGCCUGGGACAAGGAGCUGUGGGUCCCUCCCCAUCUCUUCCAAUUCACUUCCCCCAACUAUCCAGUCCCAGAGGCCGCUGGCCUGGAAGGAGGAUGCAGUGCAUGUUGAAAGGUGGACCCUCCGAAAACCAGUUAAGAGGAAUAUAUGUAGGUUUUACCCAUUAAGAAAAAUGGCAAAGCUAAACAAAUUGUAAACUCACAGAAAAUUUGUCUUACGGUCCUGGGCAUAUUUCCCUUUUAAAGCAAGCCUGGAUUCUUAGCAAACUGUUUCCCCUAUUUGCUCUUUUAGCUGCAAAUCUGCUACUGUGAUGAUGGUUUGCAGCUUUUGGAAGCAGUAUGGCAACCUGGCCUGACACGCUCAUUAGGCUUCCACUAACCUGGGGCUUUCAGAAAUUCUGUUUGGCCUUCCUGUGGGUAGCUUCCCAGCUUCCCUUCUGGGGAGCCCCAGGCAUCAUUUCCCAAAAGCAUCGCCAUCUCUCCUGAUUCUCUUGGAACUCCUACGGAUAAGCAGCCUAGCAGAGGCCCAGGCUCCCACACUGACAAAGUGAAAAGAGACCAGAGAGGCCAAGCAUAUUGACCGGUGCUGUUCAGGGCCUGCUGUUUUCCACUCGCCACUUGUUUUGCUUCUUGUCACAAGGGGAGUUGUUUCUGUAGGCAGCCGCUCUCAGAUCUUGCCUAGCAGGCCAAUCAUUUGAAGAGGUUUUCUUUUCCUGCUGGAGUGCAGGGUAAGAUGAAUGAGUGGAAGAGAGAAAGGCUGUUUGAGCUCAAGUUAAAGGAACACCUUUUAGCCAUCAAAGCUGCCCAACAGAGGCAAGGGCCACGACACGUGAGGGAGCUCUCUGUCCUUCAAGGGAAUUCUCUGUUGAGUGGGAAGCGAACACCCUGGUUCUUCCAACUCAGGAAUUCGCAUGGCUGAGCUGGGUCAGUGAUGGCUUUCUCUUUAUGUCAAAAGUGCCCUAUGGCUGCUGAAGGUUACCUAACCAUUCUUUAAAAGGAGGAUGACCCUCCAUGAGAAUGGCCAGCCUGCCAACUGUGCGAUUGAAGAGAAGUCAAUAUAUCAACCCCAUGUCUCCCUGGGGGAGAAAGUGCAUAAACCAGGCGUCUCUUUUUUUUUUUUUUUUCUUUUCAACAAACCAUUGAGCUAUUCUUGGAGUUCAUCUCUGGAGAGGUUAUAGAUUAUUAGAAGUUUAUUAUUAUUAUAGUUUGAUCAAUUUAUUUGUCUUAGAGAUCCCAUUUUUACUAAUUUCCUAGUUUUUUAUUUCAGCAUCCGAAUGUCUUUCUCCCUAGCACAAUGCAUACAAUCAGGGCCUUGGGUAUUUCCAGUGAUAACUUUCCUUGGAGAGGAUCUAAGAAAAGCCCAGAUUUCGGUGGCCAUCUCCCUCCAAAUAUAGCUCUUUCUGCUUUCUUGGUGCUCAUUAUUUCCCCUUCUCCUUUCUUCUGUCACUGCCAUCUCCUUCUUAAUCUUCCCAUGUUCCUUUAACUGGCCAUAAUGCGGAAUUGAAAUUUACAUCUCGAUACUGUUUUUUUUUUUUUAUUUUGGCCUGUGUACUGGAUUGCCUCCUCUCCUGCUCUGAAUUUUAAAAUUAGAUAAAUUAAAGCUGUUAUACGGUUUCCUCACAAAAGUCAACAAAUUCCAAACAAAAACAGUUUGCUAUUUUACUUUCACCUGUUGAAAAAGGCAAUUGUGCCUCUUGCAGCCUAGGCAAAGGACAUUUAGUACAAUAGAUUCUUUCCACCCUCACAAUGACUUGCAGUUCUCUCCGUAGAAAAGGGAUGGCCUAAGAAAUACUACAAUCAAACAAACAAACAAAAAACACCAAAAA